AUGGACCAAAGGGCCGGGGGGAGAGAUGGAACAGUGGGCCGGGGGGAGAGAUGGAACAGUGGGCCGGGGAGAGAGAUGGACCAGUGGGCCGGGGCCGGGGGGAGAGAUGGACCAAAAGGCCGGGGGGAGAGAUGGAACAGUGGGUCGGGGGGAGAGAUGGACCAGUGGGCCGGGGCCGGGAGGAGAGAUGGACCAGUGGGCCAGGGGGAGAGAAGGACCAGUGGGCUGGGGCCAGGGGGGAGAGAUGGACCAGUGGGCUGGGGCCAGGGGGGAGAGAUGGACCAGUGGGCUGGGGCCGGGGGGGAGAGAUGGACCAGUGGGCUGGGGCCGGGGGGGAGAGAUGGACCAGUGGGCUGGGGCCGGGGGGGAGAGAUGGACCAGUGGGCUGGGGCCGGGGGGGAGAGAUGGACCAGUGGACCGGGGCCGGGGGAGAGAUGGACCAGUGGGCUGGGGCCGGGGGGAGAGAUGGACCAGUGGACCGGCCUGCAUUGCUCAACUUUCUAGCCCCCCAUAAUUUGGACCACUGUGCUGGCCCAGUCGAAUUCAUCACUGGGACCAUGUUCCCACCCAUCCAGGACAUCUACUUGAAACGGUGCCUGAGGAAGUACCGCAGCAUCAUCAAGGACCCCCCACACCCCCCCAGCCACGAGCUGUUCACUCCCUUACUGUCAGCCAGACGGUACCGGAGCAUGAGGUCUGAUACCAACAGGCUCAGAGACAGUUUCUAUCUACAAGCCAUCAGACUGUACCGGAGCAUGAGGUCUGAUACCAACAGGCUCAGAGACAGUUUCUAUCUACAAGCCAUCAGACUGUACCGGAGCAUGAGGUCUGAUACCAACAGACUCAGAGACAGCUUCUAUCCACAAGCCAUCAGACUGCUGAACACUUGAACUGGACUGACCACCUGCUCUGAUUCUCUGCACCUUAGCACACAUGCGCACACACACACACACACACACUCACACACACUCACACAGACACUCACACACGUCAUAACUGCUGCUACCAGACUCUUAUUAUGAUUGCUAAAUACUGCACAUUUUAAACACUUCCCCCAAAACAUGUAUAAAUAUUGGCCUAUAAAUGUUGUCUUCCUGGAUUAUACUGAUGCUAAAUGUCUAUUCUGUUCUACUGAUCCAUUUACUUUAUAUUGGUAUUCUUACCUUUUAUUAUGUAUUAUUGUUGUUGCAUUGUCCAGAAGGAACCUGCAAGUAAGCAUUUCAUUGGACGGUGUACACCAUGUGUAUCCUGUACGUACGACUAAUAAAACUUGAAACACACACGACAAGCCAAACAUGGUGAUUGUUUGUUUACCCGGCAGCGAGGGGAUCGUUAGUAAAGUUGUUUGUCCGUUCUGUCGUUAACAGAACCAUCGGUGAGGACCUCCAGGGAGCCCUGCUGACCUUUGCCCGCAACCUGUCCGUCAUCCAUCAGGAGAUAUCAGCCCCCAACAUGCAGGGAGAGACUAACUUUAAGGUACAUUCUCAAAAAGUAGUUACAGCCGAUGUGUGACAAUAUGAUAUUAGGGUCAUAUUAUAACUUGAUGAACAAUUUAUUAAUGGUUCAGGAAGUGCACUGAAAUUCCAAUUCUCUUCAAUGCUUUUCAAUAAGGAAAAUGUGGAAUUGGAAUUUGUUUUUACUUUCUGAACUGACUGGAAUUGCAAUUGAAUUGAACCCAACUCUGAGUUGUGAGUGAUAAAGCUAUAGACAAGACAGUGUGUUUGUUAGUGAACUGUAAAGCUUGUUUCCUUGUGUUACCUGCAGGACCUGAUUCGGGACAUAGAAAAGGUUUUGGGAAUGACAGUCCAGAAUAAAGCCCAGGUGACCAAGGAAGAAGAGAAGAAUGCUGCUGUCGCUGCCCGGACAAAACUGGAUCACUGA